GAGAGAGAGAGAGAGGAAGGAACCCUUGAAAAGAAGCACGCUACGGGAAAGAUUUGAUCUUUCGCGGCGUGGUGCUUGCGCCGCGAUCGAUCCAUGAUGGUUCGCCCAACAGCUGCUUAGAUCUAUAUAUUUUCCCUUUUUCUGUGGUCUGCUAUCAUCCUUUCCGGUAGAAAUGCGGCUGGGGAAACCGCCACUGGAAUGCUGCGAGCUCUUCUCCUUUCUUCGAAUUCGUGGGUCUUCUGCAAAAUUUCCUUUCACGAUUCGAAGAUAGAUCCGGGGAACUCUGGAAAGUUUUCUUCUUGGUUAACUUAAUCGUGGUUUCUUGAAAGAAGAGGUUAAAGAUAUCUCCUUUUGGGGUAAGUCCUUCCCUGGACGGGAAACAUCUGACGGAAAAAGGAGAAAUUUGGCAGAGAUUUUAGUGCAGUUGUUGUCGUCGUCUUCUGUAGCACAAACUCUCGAGUGACGCCUCCUCUCUGCGGAAGCUUUUGGCAUUCUGUUGGCAGACGGGUGGCGUCCUCGGCUGUCGCCAUGUGCGGCUGCGUCGCUUAGCUUUCCCUUCCUCUCCUUCAGUGCCCAUUUCGUCCGGCAUUUAGGUUGUUGUCCUUCCUUACGAGUCGGUGCCACAAUGGCGAGCUGGGAGCAGUUGGGAGAGCUCGCGACGGUGGCCCAACUGACGGGCGUCGACGCCGUCCGCCUUAUCGGGCUGAUCGUGCAGGCGGCGACCACCGCGCGGAUGCACAGGAAGAACUGUCGGCAGUUCGCGCAGCACCUGAAGCUGAUCGGCAAUCUCCUGGAGCAGCUCAAGAUCUCGGAGCUCAAGAAGUACCCCGAGACCCGGGAGCCUCUCGAGCAGCUCGAGGAUGCCCUCCGGAGGUCCUACAUUCUCGUGGACAGCUGCCAGAACAGGAGCUACUUGUACCUUCUGGCAAUGGGGUGGAACAUCGUCUACCAGUUCAGAAGGGCUCAGAAUGAGAUCGAUCGAUAUCUUCGAAUCGUGCCGCUCAUCACUCUCGUGGAUAAUGCUCGGGUCAGGGAGAGAAUAGACUCCAUUGAAAGAGAUGAACGCGAAUAUACUCUGGAUGAAGAAGACAGAAAGGUGCAAGAUGCCAUUUUGGAUCGUGAUGCAUCUACAAAUCAUGCCACAGUGCUCAAGAACUCUCUAUCUUGUUCUUAUCCAAAUGUGCCAUUUGAUGAAGCCCUUAAGAAAGAAAGAGAAAAACUCCAAAUGGAACUCCAGAGGUCAUACGAUAUUGGUCAAUGUGAAAUGAUCCAGCAUUUAAUUGGAGUGACACAAAAUGUGGCUAGCACUAUAGAAGAAAGAAGCACACAGCUCAAAAGUCCAAACAAAGUAGAGCUGAACUAUUCUGAUGAGAACAAUUACAAGGAGAAAACCUUUGGCAAGAACAGUCAUGAACAAGAUACAAAAGCAACUUUUAGAACCACAUCAUCAGAUUCAUUGGGUCAUGAUAUGAGUUUGCAUAGAGAACAUCACGGACAUGAGGAAUGGCAUUCGGAUUUACUUGGAUGUUGUUCAGAGCCUUCGUUAUGUAUGAAAACUUUCUUUUAUCCUUGUGGAACAUUUUCACAGAUUGCUACUGUAGCAAAAAACAGACCAGUCACUUCAGCGGAAGCAUGUAAUGACUUGAUGGCAUAUUCAUUAAUACUGUCAUGCUGUUGUUACACCUGCUGCAUCAGAAGGAAGCUACGGAAAAUGUUUGACAUUACGGGGGGGCUUUGCGAUGACUUCUUGUCGCAUCUAUUGUGCUGUUGCUGUGCCCUUGUUCAAGAAUGGCGAGAAGUGGAGAUUCGUGGUGUUAAAGAACCUUGGAAGACAAAGACAAGCCCACCAGCUUCACAGUACAUGGAAGCCUAGGCCAACUUGGAGAUGAUUUAUGUAAUCUAUGUAUCUAAUUGCUCUCUGUAGCAAAGGUAGCAAGGGGACACAAGUAGCUUGAAGUUUAUGGAUGUUUGCCCUAUGCAACAGUUGUCUAGUGUUGGACCUAUCAAAUUGAGAAUGUCUAUGGCUGAUGUAAAGUAUGUAGAUGUACUCCUUCCUCCAAAUAUAAGGUUAGUGGUGAUUGUAUUGUAAAACUUUGGUGCUUGCUACACUUACACUAUAAAUCUGUGAAGUUAAAAGUGUGAUUAACAGUGCAUGUUUUGUGUUCUUGAGCA